AUGAACUUGGCGGUGGAUGAACCGCUUCGAUUCCUUUACAGGAGUGUCACCAAACCAAUACCACAGGGUGUGACUCAACUUGUCGUACAGCUUCCCAUCGCUGUAAUUGAUGAAGAAAGGUUUCAAGGUCAGAGCAAUCUCCAAGAAGUGGACAUGGAAGAAGGUGUUCAAGCGAUUGGCGAUGCUGCCUUUAAAGAAUGCCCAAAUUUGACACGGGUAUCGUUGUCUUGUACAUUGGAACGAUUUGGUUCGGAAGUAUUUGACAACUGUGUUCGUUUGGUGGAAAUCAAUUUGCAUCAGAUGAGGCUCAAGGUGAUUGGAUCACGCUCCUUUUACAACUGCACAUCCCUGAAGAAGAUUGUCAUUCCUGGUACCGUGAGACGUAUAGGCUCCCAUGCCUUCUAUGGCUGCGAUGCCCUUGCCGAUGUACAACUAUCUGAAGGUCUCAGGAUCAUUGAUGCCUUUUGCUUUCAACAAUGCAGCAGCCUCUGCAAGAUUUCCGUUCCAUUCUCCGUCAAGGCGAUCAAAGCUGGAGCCUUUAUGCAUUGUUAUCAACUCGUUGAUGUUGAACUAAAGGACGGGUUGGAAUGGAUAGGCAACUAUGCAUUUUUUCUUUGUCUAUCCAUUUCUGCGAUGUACUUUCCUCUGACGAUCAACGCGAUUGAUCGCUCUGCCUUUGAAGGAUGCCGGAGUCUUUUGGGCGUCGAGAUACCAGACAACGAAAAGUCCAGCCUAUUUAGUUUGAGGGUCUUUCACCAUUGUGAGAACCUGGUCAAUAUUGUUCUUCCUGAGUACGCCGUAUUGGGAAGACUCCUCGGAUGUUCCGGUUUGGACAUUUAUGAGAGUGACGAUGAGAUGGAGGGUGAAGAUGAGGAAGGCGACCAACACAUUCAUCGCGUACUGCAUGAUCGACACAAAGAGCUUCCUGUUCACAAUGCAUGCUAUCAUGCGUCCACAACGACUAUCGAGGAUCUUGCUGAUGUGUUGGCGGCGGAAACAACUAAGGAUAGUGCCUUGAAAGAUGAAUGGUACGAAAUGACGCCGCUUCAUAUUGUUGCUACUUCCAGAAACCUACGCACAGACUUUUUGCAAGCUCUAUUGGAUCACUAUCCAUUGGAUGUGUUGUCCCAAAAAGACUACCAUCAAAAGACCAUGAUGGACUAUCUGUUGCGGAAUCGGUUGCCAAAGUCUGCCGAACUAAUCAAGAUGAUACUUGAAAAGACGAUCAUGGCAAAAAUGGAUAUGUGGGGCGUUGAAUGUUGGAGAGAAGACAUGUCUGAAAGGAUCGAGUGUACAGAAUGGGACGGUUAUGUCGUGAGAAGACGAAUGGCUCUGGAAAGAAUCAUUCAAAGAUUUGAAUUUUAUGGAAUGAUCCAAGUGACAUCAACGAUGGAGCUUGCACUUUGGAAGAGCUCUAUGAGCUCGUCGUUGUCGUCGACAUCUUCGACAUCGGCGCGUCGAAAACGGAAACGAGUCCAUGAUGGCGAUCAUCGUGAGAGCAGCCGAAUGACACAGUCUGGAGCCGAAGUAGUGAUCCCGAAUGUACUUGAAUUCUUGUUUUUUCAUAGUGAUGAUGAAGAAAGAGAAGUGGGCGAUGUUGCGAUGACAUUGUUUGAAUAUGAUGUUUCUUGGAUGGAGGACGUAGGGGUUGAAGUGACAUGUGAUUACUGA